AUGUACUCUUUUGCCACUUCCAUCUCCGAUUGCCAAAGGGACAACCCCCGCACAAUGUCACGGCUGCCCGACCUCGUUCAUGACACGCGCCUCAUCACUUCAUUCAAAAACAAGCUCACAAUCCACAGCUACGACGAGUCAGACGACGAAAAUGGCGCCCGAUCAACAUUACGCUUGGAGCACUGGGAACAAACGAGCCACCUCGGUCGUGGCAGCUACGGCGACGUCUGGCUGCAGCAGUGCGUGAGCGGCAAGCGAGGCUACGAAAGACGCGCCGUCAAAAUCAUUCCUCGUUUACGCUUCAAGAAUAAGAAGAACAGCUACAUGGCUGAGCUGGAGGCCAUUGCAAAAUUCUCACAAAGACGUUACUCCAAAUGCUUUGUCAAAUUGCUUGGGUGGUAUGACACAGAAUCUAGUCUUUACAUUGCCAUGGAACACGUUCCAUUUGGCGACUUGGACAACUACAUGUCGAGUAAUGGCCCCAUGCCAGAAGCAGAUGCUCAACAGGUAUCAUUCCAGAUACUUGAAGGCUUAUCGUAUAUGCAUCGCGAAGGAUUUGCUCAUCGAGAUAUUAAGCCCGGUAACGUGCUCGUCAAGUCCCAACCACCAAAAGGUAAAUGGUGGGUCAAGAUCAGCGACUUUGGUAUAAGCAAGCGCGUUGAAGGGUCAAAGGCACAAUCAACCGUCAGGGGCACAAUUCAGUACAUGGCGCCUGAGCUCAUCUGGCACGAGCCGGGUAAUCCCAUCAACUACAUGGCCGCCGACAUGUGGGCGCUUGGCACAAUGGUCUACCGCAUGCUCACCCUCAUGCCCGUCUUUGCCACCCCAGGCGCGUAUACUUACUAUCUAGUAAACGUCGAUUCGUUUCCUUUUGCAGAGCUCGACAAGCGAAAUGCCAGCUCGGACGCAAUAUUAUUCAUUCGUUCACUUAUGGGACCUCGCCCUGGAGAGCGCCUUUCAUCAGACAAGGCCAUGGACCAUGCCUGGGUUGCAUCUUUUAAAAGGCAUACAACAUCAACCACUGCAUCGCCGGCACCCACUUCUUCACAAUCUAACCCAAUUCCUAAUCCAAAUCCAUGGGCCACAGUUUCAACCCGCAGUACAGGAUUCAGUACAGAAGCUCGGCAGCCGAGCGUCACCCCUACCGACCCAGCGCCACCCCCAAUAUUUGUCUCUCAACUUCCAGUUACAAGUGCUUCACGGCUCAAGCAAAACUGGAAGCGCCAGCGUCAACUUGAGCUGCGCAGUACAGGCCGCGAAGGCGGCAUGCCUCUCAGUGAUAAAAAGGAGCUGCAUAUUCUCAUCAGAGAGGAGCAGUCGUUGGUGCAACAAAUGUCAGAAGAAGCAGCCAAUGCAUCCUCACCUGUCUCAUCUGUCGAUGCCAUUGACAGCUGGCCUCUCGCUGUUCGUGAUGUUGACAAGUAUGGCACUGUAACACGGAAAUAUAGAAGUACCGCCUACUACAGACGCAGACGGUUCAGACGCUGGCAAAAAACAAAACAACAGUUGUGA